CCUCCAACAACUAUCUUUCCUUUUUGCGUGAUAUUUCUGCCGUAGUAACUAUUUUACCCAACAAAAAAUGGAAAAGCCAGCUCCAAAUAUGAUUCGAGGGAUAGUAAAACAGGUUUUAUCUGGAGAUUCUGUAAUAGUUCGUGGGCAACCAAGAGGUGGUCCUCCUCCWGAGAGACAGCUUUGCCUUUCUAACAUAAAUGCGCCAAAAUUGGCAAGAAAGGCGAAUCCAAACGUUGAAGGAAGCCAGUCUACACGAGAUGAGCCCUUUGCAUGGGAGGCUCGUGAGUAUCUAAGGACCAAGCUCAUAGGCAAGGAAGUGCUUUUUUCUAUUGAAUAUCAAGUACCAGGCACAGGAAGAGAGUAUGGCUGUAUUUAUCUACCUAAACCAGGUUCAGAAGAGUGUGAAAACAUCACAGAAUCAAUUGUCGCAGAAGGGCUGGUUGAAGUAAGAAGAGGAGGGAUYAGACCGUCAUCAGAUGGACAAACUAAAUUGAUUGAUUUAGAAGAGCUUGCUAAAACUCAAAACAAAGGGAAAUGGGCACCUGAUGCAAAUGAGCAUGUUCGAGACAUUACCUGGACAAUAGAUGAUCCCAGACAAUUCCUGGACGACCAUAUGGGCAAGGAAAUACCUGCUAUAAUUGAACAUGUUCGGGAUGGCUGCACUGUUCGUGUGUUCUUGCUACCAACCUUCCAUCAUCUGACAUUAAUGUUAUCAGGAGUAAAGUGUCCAAUGCUCAGAAGAGAAGGUGAUAAAGAAGUCUCAGAACCAUAUUAUGAUGAGGCCAAAUUCUUUACAGAAAGUAGACUUUUACAAAGAGAAAUUAAAGUACUGCUAGAAAGUGUAUCAAACCAAAACUUUAUUGGUACAAUUAUCCACCCUGCUGGUAACAUAUCAGAGCUGUUAUUGAGAGAAGGMUUUGCUAGAUGUGUAGAUUGGAGCAUGGCAGUUCUUACCAAAGGACAUGACAAACUAAGGGCAGCAGAAAAGUUUGCCAAAGAAAAGAGACUGAGAAUUUGGAAGGACUACUCACCAAGUAAAACUAACAUCGACAUCAAAGAUAGAGAAUUCACAGGAAAAGUAGUAGAAAUAGUGAAUGCAGAUGCAAUGGUUGUUAGACAUCCUAAUGGCAAAGACAUGAAGAUCCAUCUCUCAAGUUUAAGACCACCAAGAUUGCAAGCAAAGGAAGAUGAAGAAAUAAUUCCUGUCAAAGAUGGAAAAAGGAUGCGRCCAUUGUACGAUAUCCCGUAUAUGUUUGAAGCAAGAGAAUUCAUGAGAAAGAAGCUUGUAGGUAACAAGUGAUUACAUCAAGCAAGCAAGUGAUGGYUUCCCAGAACGCACAUGYGCAACAGUCAUGUCAGGAGGCAUCAAUAUGGCAGAGGCAUUAGUCAGUAAAGGCUUUGCAACAGUGYUACGUCACAGACAAGAUGAUGAUCAGAGAUCCUCUCACUAUGAUGAACUGCUAGCAGCAGAAACAAGAGCCAUUAAGAACAGUAAAGGUUUACAUAACAAAAAAGAACCCCCUAUUCACAGAGUGGCUGAUUUGUCUGGGGACUCUGCAAAAUCCAGGCAGUUUCUCCCAUUUCUACAAAGAGCUGGACGAUCACGGGCAAUUGUAGAGUUUGUUGCCAGUGGUUCAAGACUAAGAAUUUACCUACCAAAAGAGACAUGUUUGGCAACAUUUUUACUUGCAGGAAUUAGUUGUCCAAGAGCUGCACGAAUCAACACAGGACAAGGUGUUAUCAAUAACAUGGAAGGUGAACCUUUUGGUAAUGAAGCACUUCAGUUCACAAAGGACCUUGUCCUCCAGCAAGAAGUUGAAGUUGAAGUAGAAAGCAUGGACAAAGCUGGUAAUUUCAUAGGAUGGAUGUUUGUAGAUGGCAAGAAUCUUUCAGUAGCUUUAGUUGAGGCUGGAUUAUCAUCAAUACAUUUCACAGCAGAAAAGUCGAAUUUCUAUCAUGCAUUACAGUAUGCAGAAGAGAAUGCCAAGCAACAGAAACUCAAGAUGUGGGCAAAUUAUGAGGAACCUAAAGCAGUUGUUGCUGUUGUAGAAGAAUCAGAACGAAAGUGUAAUUAUAAGAAGGUCGUUAUUACUGAAGUAAAGGAAAAUUUAGCGUUCUAUGCUCAACAUGCUGAAACAGGUCCACAGCUUGAGCAACUCAUGACAGACCUUCACACAGAACUAAGUAGUAAUCCCCCUCUUCCUGGGUCAUACACACCGAGAAAAGGAGAUCUCUGUGCCGCACAGUUUGUUGAUGGUAGUUGGUAUCGAGCAAAAAUCGAAGCUAUCAAAGGAAAGCAAGUCAGUGUAUUUUAUGUGGAUUAUGGAAACAGAGAAGUUGUACCAUUUGGUAAGCUAUGUCUGCUUCCACCAAGAUUUCACAGUUUUCAACCACAAGCUAAAGAGUAUUUCAUGGCAUUCAUUCAACUUCCUAAAGAUCCUGAUCAAGCUACUGACGGAAGUGAUGAAUUCCAGAAGAGAGUAAUUAAUCAGCAGUUUCUGUUGAACGUUGAGUACAAGAAUCAAGGCAUGGAACACGUGACAUUGAUGCUCGACACUGUAGACGUAGGAAAAGCAUUGGUACAGGAAGGCCUUGUACUUUGUGAAAAACGUCGAGAAAAAAGGCUACUGAAAAUCAUGGAAGAAUAUCAGAAGAGCCAAGACGCAGCACGCAAAGCGAGAUUAAACUUGUGGCGCUACGGAGACUUUACUGAAGACGACGCACGUGAAUUCGGCUAUCCAACCAACUAAUCAAAACCCACAACAACRACAACAAAUACCUACAAAAAAACUACCAAAACAUACAAAAAAAUACUUGUAGGUAUAAUAUAUAUAUAAAUCUACUUCUCAUCGAGAACAUAGUAAUUUAACAGCAAAUAUACAAAAUGUCUGCUAUUUUGAUUAGUGACGGAGAAAUUUACGUCCAACUAGAUACUGUACGUGAAAAAAAUWAUAGAAAAUGACGUAAUCAAAUCAUGGUCAAACCAGUCAUUUCCCAGAGGGGGCUAGGUUGUAAUUCAACAUAGUAUACCCAMACAGAUAAUAAUUUUACUACUUAUUUUUUAAUAACUCUAAUGAUAACGAAGGUGGAUUUUGAAGAGAAGUUGCUUGUGAAAUAAAAAACUGCAUAUAUCAUAAUGCAAAUA